AUGAUCCACGCUCCGUCUUUGGGACGGGGUGCCGAUUUCACUCAGUCGCUGCUGAGCUUCGUGAAAACCCACCUGAGCCUGUGGAUGCAGAUUGCGAGCUUAUCCCUGCAGUCCGAGCCCACCAACAUCAGCGUGGAAGACUUUGACAUCCUUGGCCUGAUCCUCUGCUGUGGUAGCUCAAAGUCCCAGCCGUUGUUCCGUCUCUCCGAGGCUGUGCCAGAGCUCGCUUCGAGGCCUUCCGUGUCAGCUUCCGAGUUGCGGAAAGCCUUGCUCAAGCUCCUGUGCUGGAACGAAGACGCAUAUACCACCGAGGUUGCCAAAGAUGGCUUGGAGCCCCGCGCCAAGACCUUGAACAUCAGCAACAUCCACAAGAGUAUUUGGUUUCACCGGCCACACAAUGCCGAGAUCGAGUAUUUGAACAUCACCGACUGCAAAGACAGCACCAUCUAUGUUACAGCGCGGCUACGCUACUGCCUCAUCUCUGGUUGCGAGGGGACCACGAUGAUCUUAGGCGGUGUUUCCACCAUCUGCACCACUAGCAACUGCGAGAAGGUCAAUGUACACGUGGCAGCGCAUUGCUACAAGAUGGAGAACUGCAUUGACACUUCCGCGUACGUGUAUUGUCAUAUUCCGCCCAUCAUCACGGGCGACACUCGAGGCAUCCAGCUGGCGCCAUACAAUGUGCUGCACUCCCACAUGGCUUCUGUCCUUCAUGGUUCGCAGAUGACCCUGGAGAAGGACUACGUGGAUGUUUGGGCACAUCCAGUUUGCUGCACGGCGGGGAUGGUGGAGACAUUGUCCUCCCGUGCUGGCACGCCGCUGGAAGAGCAGAACACCACGUACCACUUCGUUCAUCCUAGCAAAUUCUUCCCUGUGGUCGUUCCGGAGUCCCACGGACGAAGCGCUCCGCCACAGCUGCUGCUACCCGAAGUGUACGACAAAGCCAUGAAGGAACAGCAGGACGAGGUCCGGCGCUUGAUGAAGCAGCUGCAUUGCGUGCCGGGCGAGUUCGCGCAGAAGAAGGCCCAGGAGACUAUUCAUAGCCACUUCAAGGACUGGCUUCAGUCGACGGGCAAAGUGAGGCAGCUUUCCGACCUUGCACGAUGUUCCCAGCAGUUUCAGCAGAGGCUUUGA